AUGCAUCGUAUUCAUGAUUGGACGGUCGAUGUCGUCAAUUUGUGGGGAAGCACCAUAGUCGAAAGAGGAGCCAUUUUUGGGUAUUUCACCGGACUAGUCACAACUGAUCCUCGAAACAUCGAGUACAUACUCAAAACCAACUUCUCCAAUUUCCCUAAGGGAGAUGAUUUUGCAGAGACAUUGGACAUAUUUGGCGAUUCGCUAAUAAUGGAUUCACCAUCGUGGAAUUAUCAUAGGAGGAUGACAAGAAGAGUUCUCAUGUCAAAUAUAUCGCGUAACAUUAUAGCCAAUACAAGCAAGAAGGUAGUGCGAGAUUCUCUCAUCCCUUUUCUACAUGAUGCUGUAGAAAAUUCGUUGGUUAUCGACUUACAAGAUGUGUUCUUGAGGUACACCUUUGAUACUUCAUUUAGCGUCCUAUUCGGAAGAAGCGCAAACUAUCUUUCUCCCUGUCUUCUUCCUAAUGAGCUUGCAGAAGGUCUUGAUGAUGCUAUGGAGGCUUUGUUUUAUAGAAACGUAAUGCCCAACUCAUACUGGAAAUUCUGUCGCCGAUUGAUAAUUGGUAAUGAAAGAAAGAUGGAUAAGGCGCGGAAGACUAUAGAUCGGUAUCUGACAAUGUAUAUUAAAGCCAAAAGAGAAGAUAUGAGUAAAGGGACUUCAGAAACAAGUAGUCUAUUUGAAGGAGAUAUGAGCAACCUUAUACAGAAUGAGAAUGAUGAGGUAUUAAUACAAGAUGACAAGCUCUUUAGAGACAGUGCUAUGUCGUUUUUCAUUGGUGGAAACGAUACAACAGGUACUGCUCUUACUUGGUUCUUUUGGUUGGUUGCGAAAAAUCUGAACGUAGACGCCAAGAUUUUAGAAGAACUACAGCUUAUUGUAUUCUCGAAAAAGUUAUCACAGAAGACGCCGUUGGUGUUUGAUAUAGAUGAUUUGAAGGAUGCUGUGUAUCUCCACGCUGCAAUAUGUGAAUCUCUAAGGCUAUACCCUCCGAUUCCCCAUAACCGGAGGACCUCUCUGAAGAAAGAUGUUCUUCCUGACGGAACCGUAGUUGAUCCUGGUAUGAUGGUUGUGAUUUCGAUGUAUGCGGCUGGAAGGAUGGAGCACGUAUGGGGAAAAGAUUUCCUGGAGUUCAAGCCAGAACGAUGGAUCAAUGAAAAUGGGAAUCUAAACCAUGAAACCAUGUCUAAGUUUUUUGGGUUCAGUAUUGGUCCUAGAAUUUGCUUAGGUCAAGAAAUGGCUUUUGCGAUGAUGAAGUUAGCAGCUUCAGCCAUGAUCUUUAAUUUCCAUGUGGAAGCUUUGGUGAAUCAAAUUAUCACGCCCAAACCAUCAAUUGUAUUAAAAAUGAAGAAUGGUUUGAUGGUUAGGGUUAAGGAAAGGGUCCUCGUGUAUAAUGCUUAA